AUGUCUGUAAAAAUCUCUUCCAAAGAACAGGUGGAAUCCAUCUUUGACAAAUAUGAAUACUUUUUAUUUGAUUGCGAUGGAGUAAUCUGGUUAGGUGAUCAUAUCCUUCCAAAAGUGAUAGAAACAAUUGGCUUAUUAAAACUGUUAAACAAAAUUGUCAUUUUUGUCACGAACAAUUCAUCAAAGUCAAGAAACGACUACGUUAGUAAGUUUGAAAAGUUGGGUAUCAAGGGAAUUACCAAAGAAGAAAUAUUCGGAUCCUCCUACGCAGCUGCUGUUUACGUAGAUAAGAUAUUGGAACUUCCAAAAGAUAAGAAAGUUUGGGUUUUAGGUGAACAUGGAAUCGAGCAGGAAUUAUCGGAAUUGGGAUAUACUACUAUUGGAGGAACUGAUCCAAAGUUGAUUGAAAAUGGUGUUGGUUUUGACCCAGAAUCUCCAUUUUUAACAGACUUGGAUCCAGAAGUCGGAUGUGUAGUUGCAGGAUUAGGAUUAACUUUAAACUACUUAAAAUUAUCUGCAACUUUACAAUACUUACUUAAAGAUAAUAAAAGUCUUCCUUUCAUUGCUACAAACAUUGAUCUGACAUUCCCAAUGAAGGGAAAAUUGUUAAUUGGUGCCGGUUCCAUAAUUGAAACUGUUGCAUUUGCUUCUGGUCGUCAACCUGAUGCUAUUUGUGGAAAGCCAAAUCAAGCCAUGAUGGAUGGGAUUAAAGAAGUCAAUCCUAAUUUAAAAAAGAAUCCAAGCAGAGGUUUAAUGAUUGGAGACAGAUUGAAUACGGAUAUGAAGUUUGGAAGAGAAGGUGGGUUAGACACUUUGUUAGUUCUUACGGGUAUUGAAACUGAAUCAAACGUUUUAGCCCAAGAAAAGCAAGUUGCACCUACUUACUAUGCUGAUAAGUUGGGUGACUUUUAUGAAUUGACUAAAUGA